UGUUGGAUUCGGCAGGUCUUACGUGGACGUGGGGUCGUGUGAUGUUUUUUUUCAGACCAGGGUACUGUACGUAUACGGUCUGGAUUAUACAGGGCUAGACAGGGGUUGAAUCUGGGCUGCGGCGGGCCAGGAAAAAAACAAACUCGCGGGGACAAAAAUACCCCUCUGAAAUUAGGCUAGGGGGAGCACCUGAGCAGGGGUCCAGUAGGUUUCGUGGCUUCUUUUCUUCCCAGGCACUCGCUCGUCCAGACUCCAGAGUCCAGAGGCAAACUCACCCACCCCUCACGCUACGCACCAAGGAGAGGCAAGCAAAACUGUAACGACUGCCCACCCCGCGCGCUGGUGAGUGGUGACCAUGGACGCGCCGAGCGGCACGGCCAAGCGCAAGCGCUCGUCCGCCGAAGCCCCGGCCCCCGUCGGCGUCGAUGACGUGUCCGACACCGAGGUCGAGGAGUUCUACGCCAUCCUCCGCCGCAUGCGGGACGCCUCCCGCCGGCUCGUCUCGGGCGGGGUCGCCGCCGCCAGGGCCCGCGCCCCGGCCCCGCGCACGCCGGCCUGGUGCCCCAGCUUCUCCUGGGAGGACUUCGCGCCGCCCGCCCCACCACCGCCGCCUCCAUCGCAGCAGCCCGCCGACGAGCGCGUCGCCGAGAACGCCUCGCCGCCGCGGCGACCCGUCCCCCGCGGCCUCGACCUCAACGCCGAGCCGGAGCCAGAGGUCACCCCCUCGUAGAGGCGCGAGGACGACGAUCCCUGGGACGGGCGGACGGACGGACGUGGGCGAGCUGGCCGUGGACGAUACUCUCCUCUCCUCUGUACCACCCACCGCCCGCCGGCCGGCCGGUGCCUUUUUAGCAAACUGAUCAUCUUCAUCUGUUAAUUUACCUUACCAGUGGCAAUUCGGUAUGUUUAAACGAACAUUACUAUACUGCGUAGUACUGUUUCUUUCUUGGCCGCGUACGUUUGUAUGCGAUGCCUCUCGCUGUCAUGCUUGUGUGAACAAGGGAGACCUGUAACAAGAGUCCAUUGAGACUGCUGUACUCUACCAAUUAACAUUGCUUCAUUAGUA